AUGGUUCUUCCGCAUAAUGCUCAUAAGCCACCCAAUAGGGUUGGUUACCAAGAUCACAAAUCGGAUAGAUCUAACUCAUCGCAAUCUCAUUCAACUUCUCCAAUUCCAUACUCGAAGAUUCACGAGCGAUCUCCCAAAACGAGAGAAAGUUUACUUCUUAACUCGAAGCCCUCUGUGCAAUCGUCUACUGCACAAUCCCAUGUUGAUAAUCCCAGUAAUCAGCAAAAGAUCAUCAUUGAGACUACUCAUAUUGGUGUAUCGCAAUCGGCAGGUAGUCUGUUUUUUGACGUUUCUUCUCGUGCUGAAACGAUGCGGGAAAUUUACAUGGCAGCCUUUCGUCAAUUCAACGAUUUUGUCGGUCAACGGAUCCAUAGAUCAGGCAAUAACCGAUUUUUGGACGUUAAUUUUGAUAUCGAUGAAAAUCGUGCCGCAGCCCUCAAGGCUGGUUUGGCCUUUAAUGAUGGUUCAGUCAUUAUAACACCAUCCGUAGCAAUGAAACCAGGAUCAAUGAUUAAACGGGUUAACCUUGAUCGUCUGCCAUGGCUGCGCACCAGCGAUCUGCUUGACGGUCUAAAGGCUACUUUUCAGAAUUAUGGAGAAAUUCGCGACAUCGGUGUUGUCAAAGAUGCCGACUCUGGCACUUUUUUAGGUGCAGGCUAUGUUAUUCUUGACUGUUCUCCUGAACUUAAUACUGAUAAUGAUGAUCCAUUCUUGCAGCUAUCACACAUCAUCGAGUGGGUAAACCCCGACGGUUCUAAGAAUGGUAAUAUUUUUAUUCAUGCCUAUUGGAAGGACUUGCCGACUUAUUGCAAAUAUUGUCAUGAGUCCGGACAUUCUGCCUCUGAAUGUAACAAGUCUCCUAGUGGCAAGCGAGUUUGUUUUGCUUGCCUGAAAUCUGGACAUAUUCGUGCCAAUUGUCCCGAAAAAAUCAAGUCCUCCAAGAAAUGCAGACGUCAUCCUGUUCCUUCGGAUGCGCGUCUUUCAUCUGUUGUAGAAAGCUCUGCUGUUGUUCUUUCUCCUCCAUUGGAGGAUUUAGCUAAACCACCCACUAUUCACUCGUGCGAGGCCAUUGAGUCGCCCUCUCAGGUGUCCGACGUCGAAGUUGAUGUUGUUAAUCCUAAUUCGUCCCAGUCUACAGAAGCUGAAACCUGCUCUGACACUUACAAUUCUCCUACUCGGCCCGUUAAUUCCCUGUCAACGGACAACGACGUUACGCAGGCUCACUCUGAAAUUCUUACUUUGGAGACCACUAGGUUUGGCUCUCCAACGGACUCCUUUCCUCCCCAAGAAGAGUUUAUGGAGUGUGAUAAUGAUGAAAUUGCUAAGACCACUUUGCCUGUUAUUAAUCAAUCGGCCUGCUCUUCUAAUGCAUCUAAGUAUGCCCCUCGUCCCAAACGCAAUGCUAAACCUCCUCUGCGUUAUGAGGAUGAUUCUCGUUAUCAUUAA